UCUUCGUAUACAAUUCUCAGCCAAGAAGAAGAGAAGGCAGAUGAAAAGUCUCGUCCUCCAUUAACGCUCUGUACAUUUACUGAGGUUGUUGAAUUUGGGAGCAAUGUCGAUUUCUGAAGUAGAAGAAGGAGAGAUUGUUGAAGGGGAUGAGUUGGAUUUUAAGUGGGGUAAUUUAAAAGAGAAGACAAGCGAUGAUAUCCAAUUGUAUGAAUCAUUUACCCUUGAUGGAGUUGAAUACUGUUUGUAUGAUUGUGUUUAUUUGCAGCAUGAAGAUGAGUCUUCUGUGGAGAAUCACAUUGGAAAGAUUGUUAAAAUUAUGGAUCAUCCAGACAAUCAGAGGAAAGUGAAGAUUGUAUGGUUUUUCAGGCCUAGCCAAGUGCAGAAAUGGCUUAGAGAAAGAGAGGUUUCUUGCCUUGUCCAUGAACUCUUUUUAGCAUCAGGGGAAGGUCUAGGUGUUGAGAACAUCAAUCCUGUGGAAGCAAUUGUGGGAAAAUGCUGUGUGGUAUGCACAUCAAAGGACAGAAGAAAUCCUCAACCCUCGAUAGAAGAACGACGGAAUGCUGAGUUCGUGUUCUCCAGGACAUUUGAUGUUCAACAAUGCACUUUCUCACAUAAACUAGAUAACAUCAUAUCUGGAAUUAAAGUCGAGCACUUUUUUAACACUAAAGAGUACGCAGCGCUGUGUGGAGAUCAAGAACGGAAAGAUGCAGAAGUAGAGUACACCAAAUCUAGUGGUUCUCAGAAGGAUAACCUUCAAGCUCCAAUCAUUCAAGGUGGAGAGGACGCUAAGCUGAAACCAAAAGGUGAAUUACAUCAUUCUGGCUCACUGCGAAGUACUUCUUUUGAGGAAACUCCUGCAAGUCUUGGUGACUCAGCUAAACAUUCACUGGAUGGGGAACUUAAGCGUAAUGCAAUGCUAGUACGGAAGCCAAAAGGUGGAGAGGACGCUGAGCUGAAACCAAAAGGUAAAUUAUAUCAUUCCGGCUCACUGCGAAGUACUUCUUUUGAGGAAACUGCAAGUCUUGGUGACUCAGAUAAACAUUCACCGGAUGGGGAAUUUAAGGGUAAUGCAAUGCUAGUAAGGAAGCCAAAAGGUGGAGAGGGCGCUAAGCUGAAACCAAAAGGUGAAUUACAUCGUUCCAGCUCACUGCGAAGUACUUCUGUUGAGGAAACUGCAAGUCUUGGUGACACAGCUAGCCGUUCGCUGGAUGGGGAAUUUAAGGGUAAUGCAAUGCUAGUACAAAAGCCAAAAGGUGGAGAGGACGCUAAGCUGAAACCAAAAAGUGAAUUAUAUCGUUCCAGCUCACUGCGAAGUACUUCUGUUGAGGAAACUGCAAGUCUUGGUGACUCAGCUAAACGUUCACUGGAUGGGGAAUUUAACGGUAAUGCACUGCUAGUACAAAAGCCAAAAGGUGGAGAGGACGCUAAGCUGAAACCAAAAGGUGAAUUACAUCGUUCCAGCUCACUGCGAAGUACUUCUUUUGAGGAAACUGCAAGUCUUGGUGACUCAGCUAAACUUUCGCUGGAUGGGGAGUUUAACGGUAAUGCAAUGCUAGUACGGAAGCCAAAAGGUGGAGAUAAAGCUAAGCUGAAAUCAAUAGGUGAAUUAUAUCAUUCCAGCUCACUGCGAAGUACUUCUGUUGAGGAAACUGCAAGUCUUGGUGACUCAGCUAAACGUGCACUGGAUGGGGAAUUUAACGGUAAUGCAAUGCCAGUACAAAAGCCAAAAGGUGGAGAGGACGCUAAACUGAAACCAAAAGGUGAAUUACAUCGUUCCAGCUCACUACGAAGUACUUCUGUUGAGGAAACUGCAUGUCUUGGUGACACAGCUAGCCGUUCGCUGGAUGGGGAAUUUAAGGGUAAUGCAAUGCUAGUACGCAAGCCAAAAAUGAGAUGCAAGGAUGCUGGAAUGUCAGCUGGAAUUCAUGUAAGUCAUGACCGUAAAAUUGAUCGAGGGACCUCAUUUAGAGUGAGCCCAAGGAAGACAGUCAAGCUAGCAGGUUUUCAUGUAAGUCAUGACCGGACAUUUGAUCGAGGGACCUCAAGUAGUGUGAGCCUAACUAAGACAGGCGACCUAGAACGUAAAGAAUUUGCUCCUAAACCAGCAGGAGAAAAGGGUAGAAAAGAUGUCCAAGUAAUUGUGAGAAAAGAACCAACAAAAAUUGUAGUUAGAAGAGCUGCUCCUGAUUUAGCACACCAGAAGGGUAGAAAUACUCAAACCCAAUAUCCCAGUUUUAGAGAACCUGGAAAAGACUCUGUCAGACAUGAUCGAGGGUUAUUUACUGCCACAACCAACGACAAGAAACUGCACCUCAAUGAAAGAAGAGAAGGUGCCAGAGAUCUCGUUAGACAACACAAUUGGAUAUCCAGAUCAUUGAACCGUAAUGAAAAAAGGACCCUGUCUUCAUAUAAAGAAGCACCAGAAGCAUCCCAGCCAAAGAAGAUGAAAAGUGAAAUUCGCACUGUGGAGGCCCAGCAAAAUGUUGACAGAAGCAAAUGGUUCAAAUUCGAGCAACUUCCUUCUGAAGAAGAAUUGGACCCAGUGGACCGUGCUUAUUCUGAAGGAACUCUUGUCCGAUUGCAAAACUUGGACCCAUCCUAUUCAGCAGCAGAAAUUGAGGAAAUAAUGUUGAACUAUUUGAAUGUAAGGUGCACUGCAAAGGUGUUACCACUGUGUUCAUUCUCUAGCCCUCACAAUGGUCAAGCUUUUUUGAUCUUAAACACAGAAGAAAAGGCAGCGACGGUGAUUAAGCAAUUGCGGGAGAAGUGUCUAAUGCUACCAAAUGGAAGGCCUCUUAUUGCUCAACGAGGAGUCCCAAAGGUGUCACCUGAAAAAUCAGCGAAGUUUUUUGGCCAUAUUACACUUGACAGAUACAGGCAUCGUGAGGGGAAAAGAGCAGUCUCAACGUCACACUGUGCACAGUCUAACACGGUAGAAUACGAGUUGGCAUUAGACUGGGUCUUACAACAAAGACAAUCGAAGGCGACUCGGAAAAUCCUUUUUGAGCUUCAUGGGAAGGAAUUGGAUGCUCUAAAAGCGCAACUAAAGAAUCACUAGCGUGGUUUGACGGGAAAUGGGUGACCUUUUGUGUAAAUCUUUUUGUGAAUGUGUCUAUACAUAAUUGAAGCUGAAGUUACAAGUAUAUGCUAACAACAUAGAGCCCUGCAAUCUUUUGGAAACCUUAAGGGAACUACUAAAUAUAGUCUAGUACAGUUAAAUGCAUACAGACUUACGUCGGAGCAGGGCCGGCACUGACAUAAAGUGGCCAAAGUUCAACUUUGGGCAACAUAU